AUGAGCUUACCUCCGGGAAACCCUCUAAGGGCUAAACGUCGAUACCGGGACACAGAGCAGCCAGGGCUAGUCAGCCAUCUUGAACAGAGUAGUCGACUACAUGGGGGUUGUAUAUCACGUACAUUCAAUGAACAACUCGAAACUAAUGCAAUUCACCUUUAAUUCUAUCCACAAGCGAGAGCGUUUCACAGUGAAAGGAGAGACUGAAAUGUUUCGAUAAAAUCGAGAUUUAUUUUCACUGAUUUCUCUCUCGAAUGAUCAAACGUAGUUUUUAUUACCAAUUAAUUGUUUUUUAGAUCAAAAGUAUUUUGAGUAACUGUUACCAAUGCAUCGUAAAAUCAAUUUAUGGUGUAUAAACUGAUUUUAGAAAUAGAAAAAAAAUGUUUUUCCAAAGUCGAGAGGUAUUUCACUGGGAAAAAAAUUAUUUAAACUCUUGUUCAUCAACUGAUAGCCCCCAAAGCAAAAUUAUUAAUUAAACUCAUGCGAUCCCCACCCAAAAACGCUCGUCCAAUUUUUUUUUUUCCAAAAGUAUCACAUUUCUCAUUCCAAAAACGGGAACAUCUGGUCAUUGAGUAAAUAAGUAGUAUUAUUCUUACCCUUUAGGAUUACUUCUUCCUUUCCUCUGUCUCUGGAAGGAGUACGACCGAUUGAAUUACCAGAGGAUGGCGCGUGCCACCGGCCGCCCUCAAAGCGGAAAUACACCAUAACCCAGGAUGGAAUAAUGAAAACGUUAAUCUCUCGAUUGAGAAACAUUCGAUUUUUUUUUUCAUGCCGACGAGUCCAUCGCCGUUCCGAUGACAAGAUAAAAUCCACUCACCGCCGAUGAAGAGCUGUACCGGGGGUGAAUCAAAUCGAGGGGAUGCGGCCACAAAGUUUAAUUACGUCGCAUCCUCCUGUGGGUUUUAUCGCGUGCCGGGAUUAUCCGGUGGGCAAUCACUUAACUGAUAGACCGUGUCAUCCAGCGCACUGGACCAAUCACUCAAUUUUUUGAUUCUUUUGAACUGGUGCUUCGAGGGGUUGUAAGCCGGGUUGCUGAUCACCAGUUAUCGGACAACCCCACGUUCCAUUCAGGUGGAGGUAAACACAGGUGUUGCUAUCACCCGGAAUCAUCGGGGGCUUGAUUUUUAGAUGGGCCAGGCGAGAAGGGUAACUUUACAUUAAUUAUGAAUUUUAAUUUAAAAAAUUUAACCAGGUCAAAAUAAAUUUUGAGAGAAUUUUGAGUUUCCCUCAGAAGGUUCUACCGAUCGCCUCAGCCUGAAUGAAUGCAGCCCCACGAAAAAAUGUGAUGAAAAACCCGGUCAACGAGAAUAACUUUUGGGUCCUUGGGUAAAUACCGCGGACCCAAUCGGCUGGCAACAUGUAAACCAAUACUUUUAUCGUGGAAGUUGAACCGUUGUCCCAAGUGAGAAGGAAUAUCCCAUAGUAUCCCAACGAUGUGUCCACGCGAAUGAUUCUAUCGGAUAUAUCGAUGAAAAAAAUAAUACCCAGGGACAUAUCGUCAACCCAAUCCUCUCUAACAGGCGCGAUGUGGUCGACUUCCCUUUCCUGUUUCCACGUUACAUCGGAACUAGCCAGCGAGUCAGGUGUGUCCACGAUGGAGAACUCCAAACUGAGUGGGUAACACGAUCUCCAGGGGACAUCUGACAAAUAGGGAUUUUUUUUAAACAAAUGUUCACGAGAAAAAAAUUUAUUAAAAUUUAAAUUUCGAUUUUUUUGAGAUUACCGGAGCGCCUGAAGCUUAUUUAUUUAUUUAUCCUCAUGUAUAGGCUCUCGAUGUUGAUAAAUAAAGUAUAUGAAUAUAUUAUAGUUUAAAAUAAAUAGACAUAAAAAAUCAAAAUGCAAAUAUAUGAUAAAUAUGGAGUUGAGGCGAAUCAAAUCAAAUUAAUUAAUUGAAUCACUUGAUUAGGUGGAAUAAAUUGAGUUCAAAUUGGAUUAAUUCAUUAGUUAAAUUGUUUAGUUGUUUUCCACAUCUUCCAGUACAAAAAUUUCAAAAUUCAGCCCGAUUAAUCGGCAAAAAACUGUCGAAAGGAAGAAGGCAUUACGAUCGAGUGAUCUUAAACAUGCAAGGACCACCCUGAUCGCCAUGGUGUUGUAAUGCAAUAAUGUCCCCUCCCCCUCCCCUCAUGCUGAUGGAUCCCGGAUGACCCAGGGAUCGCUAAACGACACCGAUUCCACGGUGUCAUCCCUCUGGCAGUACCAACCCCCUCGUUCACCCCCGCAUUAAUCACUGGAUGAGUAAAUUAGACAAGCAAAAAAUAAAAGACCUCACUGGCCGAUCAUGAGGGAAAAGAAGAGCCCGAAGAGGCGUCAUUGGAGAAGAGUUGGUGUGGGCGAGAGCCGGUGAGAGCAGUUGGUAGUGGGGUGUGACCAAGGGACGGUUAGACUUCAAGUUAGGCUUGUCAGUCUGUCAAGGGGUGCGAAACAGAGUUAACGAGGCUGUCUAUUGUCAAUACCGUCGCUAGUGAGACUCCAAAAAACUCGAGUUCUUCAUUGGAUUAUUUUUGUUCUAGUGAUCUUCAAAAAAUCCGGUCAAUCAAACUAAUGUUCGAAUUAGAUUUCAAAUUCUGAAGUGAUACGGUAGAAUGAGGUGAGUGAACUCAUCUCGCGCCGCAUUUUUCGGGAGAUAUCUCGGAAUCUCGAAGAAAUAGAAAAAUUUUCGUGAGGACUUUUUUGUAGAGCUGAUCUUCCCCUACGAAAAAGGCAAAAGUGACUUAUCUCAAUCGGUGCUUGCGACUCAACUGGAAAAUGUUCAAGUUCACGUCCCCCAGGUGCGACAUCACAUGGAAUACUGUGACAAGUGUGUGUUCCGGGUAGAUAUUUCCCCCUGGAAGCAUUGGAUACCGUAUUCAGGAGUAGGUGAGGCACCAGUGAAUCCUCCCCUGACGAUGUGAUGCCCAAGUAUGAAGAAAACACCGAGGGGAGUACGCGGCGUUGUCAGGACGACGCCAAGGGGCUGGACCACGCAGCAUCGCGAACGAUAGGGUGCCUCGGGUGUAGAGGAUAGAGGGGCCAGGGGGUGGAUCUGGGGGUGGUAAACGUCCCAGAUAUUUAUCAGAGAUGGAGUUUCUGCAGAACCACCAUUCGGCCAACAGCUCGGAGCCUGCUUAUACCCUCGGUUUAAACGCCUUGUUAGGGUCAGUAGGCAGCAUCGAGGCGAACAUUCCAAACGGUCUCUGUGGCACAAGUGUCCUGAGUGUCCUGGGCGGUGAGGACGGACUGUCAGACGGCCAUCAUCAUCACCAGGGUGACGAUGCAACAACGGCUGCUGCUGCUGCGGCAGCUGUCGCCCUAGGCAGCCUCCAGGAGUUGCAGUCCAGUCCUGGAGAUGAGAUAAAUCCAGACACUGGCCAGGGGAUACAGACGAACGGUCAGACUCAAGUUGUCGGUGAAUUCGGCGCCAGCUUCUGGGUUGAUGACAUGGCGGGAUUUCCACUGCCUCCCCUCGACCUCGAUCCACUGCCCCCAGGGCUCUUCAGUCCCUGUUCUGCCACGUACAACUGGGGAUGCACGAGAUCGGACUGCAUGCCCCGACCGGGGAACCCCAAUGGCGAAGGGGUUGCUGAUGUCCUCCUGUCCCUGAAACACGCGGUGGUCCAUCCAGCGAGUCCAACCGGCGGUUACUACACCUCCCCAGUGGGUAAUCAUCAUUAUGGUCAGGAAUAUGGACAGAGUCUGGCACCUCCACCGGUUGCACCUAGUCAUUACCCACCUGGACCUGCCAUGUCCGUCAAUGUCUCCAUGAACAUGACCAUGAACAUGAAUAUGCAUCCAGGAUAUGAACAAAGCUAUGCAUCGGCGUGGGGCGUGGAACCCCUAUUGAGUCCCGCCUCUCAAUACAACCCCAUACAGGAGUCGCAGUCGAGGGUGAAUCAGACACCGGCCAAUAGCUUCGUUGGUCCACACCCCUCGCACUCUCAUCCCCACGCGAGACUCCAAUCCACCGUCAACGAGCACGCGCUCUGUGUAUCGGGUAAUAGCUCAGGUUCGAGUAUUAUUCAUGACGAUAAUGGAAGACCGAAUUUGUGCAAAAUUUGUGGAAAAACUUAUGCAAGACCUAGUACACUUAAGACCCACCUUAGAACUCACUCCGGGGAAAAACCAUUCAGAUGUCACGCCUGCUCGAAAGCCUUCAGUCAAGCGGCGAAUUUGACAGCUCAUGCGAGAACCCACUCCGGAGAAAAGCCAUUUCGAUGUCCAGUUUGUGACCGAAGAUUUUCCCAGAGCAGCUCGGUGACGACGCACAUGAGGACACACUCCGGCGAGCGUCCUUACCGGUGCAGAUUCUGCAAGAAGGCGUUCUCGGACAGCUCCACCCUGACGAAGCACCUGCGCAUUCACUCCGGUGAGAAGCCAUACCAGUGUAAAUUGUGCUUACUACGUUUCAGCCAAAGUGGCAAUUUGAACAGGCAUAUGAGGGUCCACGGUGGUUCUCUGACGUGACACACUACAACCAAUCAAUCAUUAUCGAUGGAUUGUAAAUGCACGACAUUUCCGUACUGUCGAAUACCGGCGUGUAUUCGGCUCGGUUCCAACUUACAACGAAAUUAUUGAAUUUUUAACAUUUUACGGAGAAUUUAUGAUUAAAAUAAUUAAAGUGAGUGUCAACGAGAGUGUUGAGAGAGUCUCCUCGUGUAGUAAAAAGGUUUAUCUCCCAAAAAAACAAAAAAAAAAACCAAAAGAAAACCCAGUGAUCUCUUAUCUAGAUGUAACCGAGGGAAUCUGCAUCGAAAAAAAGUGACUAGAGAGCCCCGAGCAUUCACCACAGCACCGUUGAUUAUUGUACAAAUAUUGUAUUUAUUAUAAUAAUUAUUAUUAAUCAUAAUUAAUAUCAAUGUUGCGGUUUUCAUCGCCGUAUCGUUUAUUAAAUCAUCGUCUAAGUUUUAUCGUCGCAAUUUGUCAUAUCCUCUGUCCCACCGAUCGUCCGAAAAUUGUCUAUUUAAUUAACAAAUUCAUUUUUUUUAUUCUCCAUCACUUUAAAUAAAAAUGUGAUUUAUUUUAA